UCGUCCCUAAUGCCAAGAAUGCUAGCCUUAACGCGGUUACCUCGCGGAGUUUGGAUGAAAUCAAGGUCUGAAGAGUGGUGGCUUUGCCUGUAAUCAGUUCUCAGCUCAAGAGUGGAAAGCAAACUUCCGUCUUUCCAGAGCCACCUUUGUCAUUUUGUGCAACGAAUUACGGCCGUACAUCUCACGAAGAAACACUACAUUCAGAGAAGCUAUUUCGGUUACGAAAAGAGUUGCGGCUUGCCUGUGGAGACUUGCUGGAAAUUUUGAGUACAGAACUAUUUCUCAUUUAUUUGGGAUAGGCCGCUCUACUGCAUGCAUGAUCACUAAUGAUGUCUGUGAAGCUCUUGUCCGACAUUUCCUCAACCGGUACAUUUAGAAUGCCAACUGGUGAUCGUCUUAAGAGAGUUAUUGCUAGAUUUGAAAGUCGGCAGGGAUUUCCCCAAGUUGGUGGAGCUAUUGAUGGCACACACAUACCUAUAAAAGCUCCAGUCAUUCACCCUGAUGAAUACUAUAAUCGAAAAUGUUUUCAUUCAGUUGUAUUGCAAGCUGUCGUGGACUCCUUUCUUCUAUUCACAGAUAUUUAUGUUGGGUGGCCAGGAAGAGUUCAUGAUGCUAGAGUGUUUGCAAACAGGACAUUGCAUGAGAGAGCACAAGUCUUGGGAUCUCCAUUUCCAGAUGGAAGGUCUACCAAUAUCAAUGGCAUUAUGGUACCUGUUGUGCUGUUAGGUGAUUCUGCGUAUCCCCUUCUACCCUGGCUUAUCAAACCUUUUCCUGAUAGUGGAGACAGGGAUAGGCAAAUGUUUAACUAUAGACUAAGCAGCACUAGAAUCGAAGUAGAAAGAGCUUUCGGUUUGCUUAAAGGACGGUUUCGAAUACUAAAUAAGCAACAGGAUACACAAGUAAAGAACAUUUGUAAUAUGGUGGCAGCUUGUUGCAUCCUGCAUAACUACUGUUGCAUGAUGAUGAUCCUGAAGAAAACUGGAUGACAGAUGAUGGCAAUGGUAGUGACGACGGUGAUGAUUCUGCCAACCCCAACAGACCAGAAGCAGGAAGCACUUUUAGAGAUUCAUUGUUACAACACCUUAUUGACAAUAACUAGGCAUUUAAUUGCAAGAACUAGCUGUACUAAAGUCUUCAUUAACCAGUAAAUGCAGCAACUAAACUGAACAUUAUUAAUUACUAUUAAUUAAAGCUAAGCAUCUUUAGCUAGCAACUUUGCUGAUUUGUCCUUAGUAAUAAUUUCAGAGUGAUA